GUUAUAAACUGCAUCUCUCGUGUUUACUCCCCACAAAAAAACGAUCACGCUAUGUAUCAAAGUUCGAUUGUUCAUGUUAACUUGCGUUGACAGUGAAUGACAUUUUGACUUAAAUAAAAAAAAUGUUUCCAUUUCAAGCAAUUCUUGUUUUGAUUGUAAUUGCAAUAAUUGUUUACUUUGUUGUUGUAAGAGAAUUCAAAUGGCAUAAGACGAUUGCGGAUUUCCCUGUGAAGUUUCCAGAGGACAAAAAUAAGAGUUUGGAGAAAGACCUUUACGAUGUGGCCAUUGUGGGUGCGGGCCCGGCUGGGUCAACUACAGCCUUCUUCCUGGCAAAGUUUGGCUGGAAGGUGUUGCUGUUGGAGAAGAAGACAUUCCCACGUGACAAGUACUGUGGGGACGCUGUGUGCAAGACAGCCAUAGAGAUACUCAUGGAGAUGGGUCUGUAUGAGCAGCUCAUCAAGGAGGGGAAAGCUCAUGUGUCUGACUGUGGUGGCAUGGUGAGCCCAAGUGGGUUGAGCUACAUCGGCCGCAGCAAGGAAGGCUAUGGUGAGAUUCCUGCCGCUCUUGCUUGCAAGCGUAUCUGGCUGGAUGAAGCUAUUGCUAAGGCUGCAAAGAGAAUGGGUGCAGACCUGAAGGAGGAACACCCUGUUGACUCUGCCAAGUUUGACUCUCAGCAAGGACUGUGGACUGUCCGUAUGGAGGAUAGCACAGUGGAGUUCAAGUCAAGGGUUCUGGUAUGUGCUGAUGGUGCCCCCUCCAGGCUGGCCACCAAGCUGGGUAUCGUGGUGAGACAGCCCGACAGCACAUGCUCUCGAGCCUAUGUGGAGGGUGGCACUCAUAAAUUUAAGGCAGAUGGAGUGGUGUUUUACAACAGGGAACUUUUACCAGGUUAUGCUGCAUUAUUCAGACAUCCAAAUGAUGUGCUGAAUUUUUGCUGUUACAUCAUUCCUGGUAAUCCUAACUGUACGGGAGACAAUCUGGCAUACUGGCAUGAAAGACUGAUGAAAGAGGACCCUAACAUCAGCAGAGCACUUGGCAGUGAAUUUAAAAUAGAGCGAAUGAAAGCAGCCAGUCUACGGUUGGGAGGAGAAAAGUGUAGCUAUGACAACCACUGUCUUGUGGUGGGAGACGCAGCAGGAAUGAUUGACCCACUCACAGGUGAAGGUAUCCACCAUGCCAUGGAAGGUGGCAAGAUGGCUGCCCAGUUCUUGGAUGAGGCCAUCUCCCAUGGCAAUUAUGAUAAAGAGGUUAUGGCAAUCUACCAUCAGCGGUGGAUGGACAAAUUUGGAUAUGAUUUUAAAUGGUCCAUGAUAUUCUGCCAGUUGAUGUACCGGUUCCCAAUCCUGUUGGAUGCCGCCACAGCUGCAGUGCAGAGGAAGGGAGACAGGUUCUUGCUCAAGUGGGCCGACAUUAUGACUGGUCGUUGUCCCAAGAUACACAUGAUGAAGCCGGAGUUUUCGCUGACCAUAACAUUUGAACUUGUUCGUCUUAUUGGACUGAAACUUUUUGGAAAAUCAAUUGUACAAAAGAAGGAGAUGUAGUUGACAAAUCACUGGUGACAACAACAAAUAAACAUUCAGAGCUGCAACCAAAGAAGCAAAAAGUCAAAACUUUCCCUUGUGGAAGUGUGAAUGUCGUUAUAUUAAAGUCUGUUUUGUUAAAAUGUUUUGCAGAAAAAAUUAUCACAUCUAGGUUCAAAACAUACAAAAGAUAGAUUUUCUAAAGGUAAUGAGAAAUGAUUAACGCGCAUAGCAAAUAUGUUUACUUAAAUCAUACAAAUGGUAUUUACAAUCAAUUUUGACUUUUGGCACAAAAUGAUAUCUUCUAUUCAUUUGGUAGUCAUGAUGGUAUGUUGAUAGUGGAAAGCGCUGUGAAUACUGUGUAAUCAAAAUUUAUAUUGUCUGAAAAACAAAUUGGCUGAAAUUAAUGCUUUUGGUAAUCAGGUAUAGAUCAAGAUAAAAUGGAAUGGAAAAUAAAUGUAUUUUAUUAAUAUGUUUGUUAAGUUUAUUGAUUUAUCUUUUAAAUUUAAGAUUUUAUUGCAUCUGUGUUAUGGUUUCUUAUACUUGACUUGUAAUUUUUGUCAAUGAUGAUUAUGGUCUUCCCUUAAGCCAGAUUUUUGCAUUCUCAAAUCUCAUGCAUAUAUGAAUAUAUCAAACUGUGUUUAAGUUCACUUAUUCUCUUUUAAAAUUAUAAAUUAAAUGGAAUACAAACAAGGACAAACAUUAUUUUUACCCCUUUCCCACUCAGAAGAAAAGUGAAAAUGGCUAUGUGCAAACAGCACAGAACCAGAACAGCCUGCAAGUACCUCACAGUCUGUUCAAGUUUGAUGCUGUUUGCUUCUCAUCAGCAUCUAAGGGUUGGAAAUGAAGCUUUUAAAACUUGAAUAUAGUAAGAAAGGUAUUAAAUUAAAUGUAACUUUCUGAUGGACUACAAAUGCUUCAAAAUACGUAUCUAAGUGGUAAAUGUAAAUGUGACUGUUGGAUAUGGAUAUGGAUAUGGGAUUGUCUGCUAAUUCAGCUUUUGUCUGAAAACUCCAAAAUAUGUAUGUGCUAAAUCACCAGUUAACAUGUUUAAUUUUUUCUUGCUGUUGCCAAGGUAACAUUGUACAAUGUAUAUGGAAAUAAUAUGGCGCAGUCAUUUUUGUUCAAAUAUGUAUGCAAUAAAUAAAUUUCACAUAA